UGCUGUUGCAUGUUGCUAGCGUCCGCAAACUGGCAUCUCUGGACUGCUAAAGUGCUAACUGGAACUCGUUCUAUUUUUGUGCUCCAAAUUUAAAACAUGAUAGCACAUACGAUCAAGUGAAAUUAACACAAUAGAGUUGAGAUGAGAAGUUGUUUUACAACGUUGUGUAUUAGCAGCUACUAUAAUUGCGAUAAUUUAUUAUGAUUGGUAAAAACGUUGAUAUGCCUUCGUUGUUAGAAACAAAUAAAUUUGACUGCCGAGUUAGUUCAGUGCUAAAUAAAAAUGUUCGAUCUUAUGGAAAGAAGUAUAUGUUCGAUCAAUCUGAUGAAACAUGUUGGAAUUCCGAUUCAGGAAGUCCACAAUGGGUGCUCAUUAAUUUUGAAGAAGAAUGCAAUGUUUCUAGCUUUGAAAUAGAAUUCCAGGGUGGAUUUGCUGGGAAAGAUUGUCAUGUGGAAGCUGGUAGUGAUGAGAAAAAUAUGUCAAUAAUAGAAGCUUUUCGACCAAAGGAUAUAAAUAAACUACAACGAUUUAAUUUGAAGAAUCAGAUCAGAGCUAAAACUUUUAAGUUUGUGUUCAAUCAAAGUACUGAUUUCUUUGGCAGAAUUAUUAUAUACAAUUUGUCAUUAUAUACGUAAUAUAUUGAAUAUACGUGAUUUUUAUAUUA